AUGUUUCAACACAAGAGGCACAGGAAUUACGAGGAGACAGAGAAAAAAGAAGAAACUCUCUGUUUUUUUCCUUGCUCUUUGUUAUUUUAUAUAUAAACACACACACACACACAACCAUUGAUUAAGGAAGAAGAAGAAGAGAGAAAAGUGUAGAAGGGGCAUUUUCAGACAGAGCAGAGCUACAGCCAUGGCUGAAUCCGUUUCAGUGGGAAUGGAGAGGAUCUAUCUCGGUGGAAAGAUUAAUAUUUCAGGAACAUCAUAUUCGGACAGGCUGUGGUUCUGUAUCUGUCAUAGUCUAUGGGGAUCAACACAAACCAGCUCUUAUCACUUAUCCGGAUUUAGCAUUAAAUUACAUGUCUUGUUUCCAAGGAUUAUUUUUCUGUCCGGAGGCGGCUUCUUUGCUACUUCACAACUUUUGCAUAUACCAUAUCAGUCCUCCUGGGCAUGAGUUGGGAGCUGCUGCAAUUUGUCCUGAUGAUCAUGUCCCUUCUGUUGAGGAUUUAGCAGAUCAAAUAAUUGAAAUUCUCAACUAUUUUAGGCUUGAUUCUGUGAUGUGUAUGGGAGUAAUGGCUGGUGCUUAUAUCCUUUCUUUAUUUGCAAUUAAAUAUAGGGAGCGUGUUCUUGGGUUAAUACUUGUAUCUCCCUUAUGCAAAGCUCCUUCAUGGAGUGAAUGGUUUUACAACAAGGUCAUGUCAAAUUUGUUAUAUUACUAUGGUGUAUGCGGCUUGCUGAAGGAGUGUUUGCUCCAGAGAUACUUCAGCAAGGACGUUCGUGGUAAUGCUGAAGUUCCGGAAUCAGAGCUAGUUCAAGCUUGUAGAAAACUGCUGGAUGAGAGAAAGAGCAUCAAUGUCUUUCGGUUUCUUCAUGCUAUUAAUGAGAGACCUGAUAUAACAGAUGGAUUGAAGACGUUAAAAUGUCGAACGCUUAUUUUUGUCGGGGACAGUUCUCCUUUCCAUUCGGAGGCUAUUCACAUGACUUCAAAACUUGAUAGGAGAUAUAGUGCCUUGGUUGAGGUCCAGGCUUGUGGAUCCAUGGUUACAGAGGAACAACCACAUGCAAUGCUGAUUCCCAUGGAGUAUUUCUUAAUGGGUUAUGGAUUGUACAGACCAAGCUUUUUCAGUGACAGCCCAAAAAGCCCACUUAGCCCAUCUUGUAUCUCUCCAGAGCUUCUUUCCCCAGAAAGCAUGGGAUUGAAGCUAAAGCCUAUUAAGACACGUGUUUAAUUGGAAGUUUGACAAGUGGCAGAAAUGUACUUAUGUAAUUCAAAGCAGUUCUUUCUUUCUUCUACAUUUUCUUUUUUACUUUACUAAUUUUUUGAUUGUUGAGGGUGGAGAGUUGGCAGGGUGUAGAUAGAAAAGGAAACUGAGGAUUUGUACGAGGAUAUAGAGGGAGGUUUGAGCUCAUUCAUUUGUAGUCAGUCAUAAAGGGAUAACUGAGAUGUAUGAUGUAUCUGUAUAUUCUAUAUAGACUCUAUUUAUGGGGACGAGCAAUCAAUAACCCUGAGGGGGGCCUUGGUUUUUUUAA